AUGGAGCUUUUACUCCUUCACUACCCAUUUACUUUUCUGUUCAUCGCAUUUCUAGUCCUUUACCAGGUGAAUCCUGCAUUCAGAUACUUCUGCAAGAUGACCUUCUAUAAGUUGUGGCUCUUCACGCUAAGCAUUCUGGUUAUUGUGUUGAGUAUUCCUCGCGGACGUAACGUGGAAAACAUGAAGUAUUUCCGCGUGUCACUGCUGCCUCUCAAAUACAUCUUUGGGAUCAAGAUAGUGGUGAAGGGCAAGGAAAACCUCAGGACUAAGAAACCUUUUGUCCUUGUGUUGAAUCACCAGACCUCCCUUGACAUUAUGGUGAUGAUGGAGAUGUUACCAAAUCGCUGUGUGCCCAUUGCAAAGAAGGAAAUCCUAUACAUGGGCACUUUUGGCCUAGCAUGCUGGCUGUCAGGACUCAUCUUCAUUGAUCGCAAGAAGAGGGACGAGUCAAUCACUACCUUGACAGAGGUGGCACACUCUCUGCACAAAGAAAACUUCCGCGUCUUGGUCUUCCCUGAAGGAACUCGCAAUCAUGGUGGCUCCAUGUUGCCCUUCAAACGUGGGGCCUUCCAGCUGGCUGUGAAAGCCCAGGUCCCCAUUAUUCCUGUAGUGAUCUCUUCCUACCAGGACUUCUACAACCAGAAGGAGAAGAGAUUUACACCAGGGAAAAGCAUCAUCCAGAUCCUGCCAGAAGUGGAUACUGUUGGCCUGGGUCCAGACGAUGUUCCCAAGCUUACUGAGCAGGUCCGUGACGCCAUGCUCACUGCUUAUCAGGGCAUAUCAGGAAUGACGAAUGGGACUUCUCAUUAGCAAUCCUAUCUUCCAGCCCCAGAUGUGUGUGUAGCAGCUGAGGGGGAGGGCAUGGCAACCACAAAAAGAUCUGGAAUCAGAGUUAACAAUGGAUUGCAACCUUGCCGUACCAGAGACAGGCGAAACAUCCACAGAGGAAGAAAAGCUUGUAAGUGGAGGUGGUAAAAUGGUUGCCCUGUUCCUUCCAGAGAACUUUGCCACUUGUGUGGACAGACACACAGUGGGUAACUGGACACUUCUUUGUAAUCUUAACCCUGAGAACUUCUCUUCAGCUGGACCCCAGGCAGAGCUGGACCCUUCCUGUGAGCAUCUUAUAAUCAACUUUUCCUAUUCCAAACCAACAAGGUGGAGGCAUUUAUCCCUGAGCCCAUGGCCAGCCUGCCUGGAGAAGUGGCUGUUCUGGGCUUAAGGGCUGCCACAUUCCCCUAGAAGCACACUCAGGAGAAGGCGCUGUCUCCUGCCUCUUUCUGCGGGGUAGAUUUGGGUGUACCUCUGCCACGAGAGGGGAAUGAAAGACUUUACGUGGGUCUCCAGGGGUUGGUGGUUUGUUUGCUUUUUAUAGCCUUUCUUUAAAGCAAAGCAAAAUUUUGCUUUCAGUAGUUGGGCAGAUCUUGAAAGUGUAAGGGGAACAUGCCUGGGGACUCAGAAACCAGAGGCAAACAGCAGAAAUGUGUUACUUUACAUCUUUGCUGUGCUCUAAUAAUGUCAUGAUUUUUAACACAACCUAUAUAUAUAUGUCCAAAUACACUCUGGGAGCUGCAGCUCCUGAUUUCUGAAUAA